CUCCUCGUCUUCUCCAAGCGGCCUGCAGAGAAUAAUCCAGUUUCAUUGUUCUUCCCAUCCAUCCAUCCAUGCCGAUGGCUCGCCAGCUCUCACUGCUUGCCUUCGCCGCCGUCUUUGCGGCGGCGUUCAUGUCCGUGCUGCCGCCAUGCUCCGCUGCAGCUACGACUGCAGACAGCCUGCCGGUGCCAGCAUCUGCAGCUGCAGCUGCCAUGCCGGCGGCCACCACUGCAGCGGCUACAGGCGUGCCGGCAUCGAAGAAGUUCCCUCUGGCGCCGCCGGAGGUGUUCGAGCCGGCGGCGGAGGUGGUGUCGGCGCUGCCGGUGCCGGUGCCCGAGACGCUUCCGAGCGCGGAGGGACUCGGCUUCGGCAGCAACAACGGCUUGGGAUGCUGCGGAGGGGUCGGCUACAACAAUGGCUUUGGGUACAACAACAAUGCUGGGCCACUCUUCUUCAACUCGGCACCACCUGCUGCAACAGGAUCAGGCAGCUUGGGACUUCUGCCUUUGCUGCUGGCUUGUGCUGCUGCUGCUGCUGCAGCCAUGCUAGCUCUCUAAUUUUUAACUUGUAUUUUUUUUUGCUGGCGUUUAUUUUAAUUCCUACAUAUACAUAGUUUUGCAUGCAUGCAAGCAUACUGAUAUAUGUGUAAGUUUACGAUGAUAUAUCUAGGGAGCUAACUAGCAUAUGCGAGCAUACAUGACGACGUACAAGCAUAUUGCUGGUAGAUCAAGCAGAUCAACGACUUUGUAUUCUUUUCUAUAAAGGUUGGUUUGUAUUCUGGGAUGUAUCGAGGUCUAUAUCUUAAUCUGGAACAAAAUAAAUUCGGCUUUGCUA